AUGAAUCCUGAGCUUACUCCAGUCAACCCUGAGCUUACUUCACUUCAUCCUAAGCUUACUUCACUCCAUCCUGAGCUUACUCUAUCAACAGUAAACUCUCUGAUUUACGAUCCAAUAUCUCUUCCUCCUGCCAUGACCACUCUCUCUGUUAGUACGAGUUCUUUAUUGUCUGAACAAUCUUGUCCUGCUGGUCUAACUCCUAAAAUUCAAGUUUAUCCCAAUGAGAGUUAUGUUCAUCUGCCAUGGAAGAACGGACUGGGCGAGACUGCUGAGAUUGCUGUUUAUCCUCCUAAUAGAAACUUUCGCAAGGAUCCAUUCAUGUGGCGACUGUCGUUGUCCGAGGUUCGGGAUUCGUGUUCAUUUUCACUGUUUCCUGGCUACGAUAUUGCUUUGUUUUUACUCCCUGAAAGUGGUGCAAAUGCUCCCAUAAGAGGAAAUCUAUCCGCUCCCGCUGUUCUCUAUCACAACGAUCAAGCUACUCCAGUUCCUAUCAAACCUUUGGUCCCAUAUACCUAUAAAGGUGAAUGGCCCACUACGUGCAGUGUCAAUGCAUCUCCUCUCAAACAUUUGACUUUCACUUCCAAUCGUCGUGUCGCAAAGGUCUCGAUGAGUUUGGAAACAAUCAGUCGUCAUGGUGCAAAUGGUGAUGAUGGAGUGGGCGAUGAAGAUGAAAAUAGUAGUGAUGAUGAAUUGUUGGAAUUGUCCAGUAAAGACUCGGCACAUCCACCCAUCUCCAAUCUUGGCUCUCAACCUACUACCAACCCUCAAACCACUGCUGAAACUACCACUUCACCAACAAACAGACUUUUACUUGGCAACUUUACUAUCGUCUAUGUUGUGUCGGGUUCCAUCAAGGUUACCAUUGAAGGCGAUUCAGAACCGCGUACAUUACUACAGGGUCAGACUCUUGUUUGCGAACGUGAUGACGAUUGUACUCCCUCCGAUCUCAUCAUGACUCCAAUUUUAAAACCUAUGGGUUUAACCACUCUACCAUCUCAUACUCCGCUCGUUGUCGGUAGUUUGAAUAUCUCGGAACUCCCUGGAGCUUCACAACUUAAAGAACCUCGUGAAGCAAAAAUCCUGCUCAUUGAUAUCCACUUGUUCCAUCCAGACCGCCAGGGCAGUUAUAUAUUUGAUUCUUCUGCAACAGAUCUGUUCAACCUAGCUGCCUCAUCAACUGCAGCUCAAAAUACUACUACAAUUUCUCAUGGUAUAACCAAUGUCAUGGCACAGGCUGCUCAACCGCCACUUCCUGAUGUAUCCAACUUUCAACGAGGACGUAGUGGAUCUAUUAUUGUAUAUGAUGAUCAGCCUUUAUGGGUGGUUCCCAAGGAAAUGGAUAAACCUGCUAUGCUUGCAGAUGCCAACGCGCAUAAAUCCAACCUGACUACACAAUAUUGGGAAUCUGCUCAUCAGUAUCGUCCUCCAGUGUUUUCUGCCAGAUAUCAAAACGAAAGUGACGUUCCUCCUCCUGUCAUUCGGGAUAGUCUGGUCAUUGAAGAGUUUCCUACUGGAAAAAUAAGCACUGUUUGGAUUAAUAUGGUAAAACAAGGUCUUUCGGAAUGGUUAAGAGUGCCUGUGAUUAUUGCGCGCGGAACAGAAUCUGGACCUGUGGUUGGCAUCACUGCUGUUGUCCACGGGAAUGAGUUGAAUGGUGUUCCAUGUAUACAUCGGGUAAUUAGCGAUAUUGAUGUGAACCAUUUAAAAGGCACGGUUGUUGCAGUACCUUGUGUUAAUGUGCCAGGCUAUCUUCGAUUUUCUCGCGAGUUUUCUGAUGGAAAGGAUUUAAAUCGUUUGUUUCCUGGACAAGAAAGUGGAACUGCAUCGCAAAUGUACAACUACCAUCUCAUGAACAAAAUCAUCAAUCGUUUCAACUAUCUGAUUGAUCUUCAUACCGCGAGUUUUGGAAGAGUUAAUUCGUACUAUGUUCGUAGUGACAUGAACGAUCCUGUAUCUGCUGUGCUUGCCAAACUACAGCAACCACAAGUUAUUUUGCACAACAGUGGUCAAGAUGGUACACUUCGAUCUGCUGCGAGCUCCCGCGGCAUUAAAGCCAUAACUGUUGAAAUUGGAAACCCACAACUUUUUCAAAACCAAUACGUGCAAUGGUCGUACAUGGGAGUCAUGAGAAUCUUGUCCUAUUUAAAUAUGUUUACCAGCAACACCCCUGAGCCCAACACACCUCAACCAAAAACAAUCUUAUGUUCCAAAGGAUUCUGGAUUUAUACUCACACUGGCGGAGUUUUGGAAGUAUAUCCGCAAGUCAAUAGUGUCAUUCGCAAGGGAGAUUUGAUUGCACGCAUCAAGAAUAUUUUUGGAAAUAUUGUCGACGAGAUCUUUGCUUCAAGCCACGGAGUGACGAUUGGUAGAAGCUCAAACCCUGUUGCGAUGGCAGGCGAUCGUGUACUGCAUCUUGGAAUCAUCAAAAAGGAAAACGAAGUGCUUGCUAGAGAGGCCAAAGAAAAUUACUAA